AGCGCUGCGGGCUGUCCCCGCCCCGGCCCCGCAGAGCCGCCCCGCGCGGGGCGGGGCGCAGCCGGUGCGCUGCUCCAGCCGCGCCGGGAGCGGGUGCGCGGAGCCGCGCGGAGCCGAGCGGAACCGAGCAGAACCGAACCGAGCGGAGCCGAACCGAGCGGAGCCCAGCGGGGCCCCGGCGCUGCCCCCCGGGCCGGGCCGGGCCGGGCCGGGCCGGGCCGGGCAGGGCGGUGGCAGCAGCAGACCAGGGAAGAUGACAUCUCGGCUCCUCUGAGCCAGCAGUGCCCAGGGAGAGCAGAGCCAUGGAGCUGGAGUACGAGCUGCCCAACGCCACCGCCUUCUGGUUCUCCCCACCUUCCCCCUUCGACAACUUCUCCCUGGAGGCUCCCACCAACACCUCCCAGAACGCCACGGGCCAGCACUUCGACCUGACCAGCAACGCCAUCCUCACCUUCAUCUACUUCGUGGUGUGCAUCGUGGGGCUGUGCGGCAACACGCUGGUCAUCUACGUCAUCCUGCGCUACGCCAAGAUGAAAACCAUCACCAACAUCUACAUCCUCAACCUGGCCAUCGCCGACGAGCUCUUCAUGCUGGGGCUGCCCUUCCUGGCCAUGCAGGUGGCCCUGGUGCAUUGGCCCUUUGGCAAAGCCCUCUGCAGGAUCGUCAUGACCGUGGAUGGCAUCAACCAGUUCACCAGCAUCUUCUGCCUGACGGUCAUGAGCGUUGACCGCUACCUGGCUGUGGUCCAUCCCAUCAAAUCUGCCAAGUGGAGGCGGCCCAGGACAGCCAAAAUGAUCAACGUGGCCGUUUGGGGCGUCUCCCUGCUGGUGAUCAUGCCCAUCAUGAUUUAUGCCGGGGUGCAGCACAACCACGGCAGGAGUAGCUGCACCAUCAUCUGGCCGGGAGAGUCGGGCGCCUGGUACACAGGGUUCAUCAUCUACGCCUUCAUCCUGGGCUUCCUGGUGCCUCUCACCAUCAUCUGCCUUUGCUACCUGUUCAUCAUCAUCAAAGUCAAGUCCUCGGGCAUCAGGGUGGGCUCGUCCAAGAGGAAAAAGUCGGAGAAGAAAGUCACCAGGAUGGUGUCCAUCGUGGUGGCCGUCUUCAUCUUCUGCUGGCUCCCCUUCUACAUCUUCAACGUCUCCUCCGUGUCCGUCAUGAUCGUGCCCACGCCGGUGCUCAAGGGCAUGUUCGACUUCGUGGUGGUGCUGAGCUACGCCAACAGCUGUGCCAACCCCAUCCUCUACGCCUUCCUGUCCGACAACUUCAAGAAGAGCUUUCAGAACGUGCUGUGCCUGGUGAAGGUCAGCGGCAUGGACGAGGCCGACCGCAGCGACAGCAAGCAGGACAAAUCGCGGCUCAACGAGACCACGGAGACGCAGAGGACGCUGCUCAACGGCGACCUGCAGACGAGCAUCUGA